AUGACAAAAAUAUCCUAUGUUACGUUACAAUUUUUUUGCGUUUUGAUAACCUUUAUCGAAUGCACAUUCGCCCGAGAAUCAUCAGGUUUAAAUUCAUCAGAUUCAAAUGCAUCAUCAUCAUCUUCUUCUUCUUCUUCCCCUCAGUUGAACGAUCAUGAUCCAAAUAAGUCCAGCUUUAGACGAGUUCUGUAUGAAUCCAAUCCUUUGGGCGAAACUGAAGUGUCAGAUGUGUGGCUUUGUCUGGCUUGUGCCCUGGGAUGGGCCGUAUGGCUACUCAGUAGUCACAAACAAGCCAAAGUGGAGCCAUCCAUCUUUGACACCAAGCAGUCCCUCCAAAUCACGGGGAAUGUCUUGGAAGUCUCCAUUGGAGAAGAUGCGGAUGGGACGAGGAUUCCUGUGUAUCUAGCACUGAUUGACUACGUUGUCGAAUGUUACGAUCCAGACGAUGAUACAGCCAAAUUUAUUCCGCAAUCGGUACAGAAUCACCCAUCCUCACCACCGCGAGAGGGCAAGACCAGCACCGAAAAGUUCAAAAAGGGUGUCGUUCUCGAGCAUAGCUCAUCGACCUCACCGGACAAACAUUUGCAAAUUCGAAAAUGCUUUUACACCAGCAAACUGUUGGAGGUUGGAUUUGCCAAUGUCAAGCUGUUGUGUCUGGUGGAUGAUCCAACCACAUCGGAACUCUGGGACAAUUAUUUGAUCAAGAAGAGACAACGACAGGCACCACAGAAUUGGAUGCAACUAUACAUGGUCUAUUUUAUUGCUGUGGUCCUUAUAGUGGUUUCACUCUAUGGAGGCUAUCGAACUGUGGAACACUUGCCUGCUGAGUUGAAAGACGUUGGCUACAUGUCUCUUGGAAUUGGCGUUUUGCUCUUGUAUCCAUGUGCUCUACUACUAUACACUGCUUAUUGUUCUAUCCAACGAUGGUUCUCAACACGCAAGGGAACAAUUAUUCAUGGUUCUGGAAAAUGGCAUUGCACUCGCAUUGCGUGUGGGAUUCAUCCCAUUGCAGAAGAGGAAGACGGGACCAGUUCACUGCGGGAUAACUCCUCGAUUACUCAAAGACAGCGCAAUCACAACAUAGAGAAGCAUGUCAAGAGCUUGGAAAUGCCCGAACUGCACGAUGCUGCGAAUUCAGAAUACGCACCACCAAAGCCCAAAACCUUUCAUAAAGUUGGUUGUGGCAUGAACGAAUACAAUGUGCAAACAUUGCAACAUAACCCUUCCACGGUUAGCAGCAUUUCCAGUACGGGUGGGGCGGCGACUCCUAUGGCAAAUGGAUUGGCAUGCCAAGAUGCCACUAGUCAUUUGAUGGAUGCCUUUGAAAGCAUUUCGGCCUUUGGGAGUGGCUCUGCGGAGGAGCCAUCCAACUCCGCCAAUACUACCUCUAGUUCCUCACUCCAGAAACUUGGAAAACUGCGUCGCAUAUCCUCGGAAUCAAGAGUUCCAGCCAGAACCUCCUUGUUGGGGAGUGUGAUGGAAAAUUCAGGUAAUCUCAAUCAUUCUGCAGACGCUCUGGAACAUGACGAAGUGACAAAAAUAUAUAGUGCCUAA